CGGUCGACGGAUGCACGGCACACAGCGGCUAAAGUAGUUUUGCAGAGCUGAGGAUGUCCCUAUUACAAUAAUUUCUUGUGUACCUAAACUGAAGAAGGAACUGUGACAGUCCAAGUUUUUGUUGCUGCUUGACAAGGUGAGCAGUUUCAGGGUUGAUUUGAGCGUGAUUUUUCUUGUGCCCUUGCCACAAAAGUGGGACUUGUUUGAUUCGACAAUCCCACCGUCUGGAGUAACAAAUUUACCCCACCACAACCACAGAAACGAACUAUGGCUCGGUUGUGGUGUAUUCUCGUUAUUUUAGUGCCGUUUUUGGGGUCAACUGUGGUAGUGGAUGCACAAACAUUUACUGUUCAACCAGUAGAUACAACCGUAAAAGAAGGUGAUGCUACAACACAAUUAAUCUGCGAAGUGGAAGGACUAACCAAUGACCAAGUGUUGUCAUUUCAAAGAGGUAUUACAAACCCAGUUAUCAUUAGUGACGCUGGAAAUGUACGGAGUGACGUUUUAUCAGGACUUGGGCUCGUUGCAAGUGAUUAUGUCGUUUUACUGGGUUCACCCGGAGCAACCCGAGAAUUUAAGCUAUUCAUAGGAUCGCCAGUAAGACAAGACUCCAGUGAGUUUAAAUGCGUCGUUUGCAGCAAGGUGAGUUCUGUUUGUGACGAGACAAGUGCUUUCGUUAUUGAAUCCCAGGCUGCUUCCCUGACUGUUGCCUAUCCGCCCGGUACGUCGUAUCCGCUGUGUUCAAUUCAAUCGGAUUCCAGCAGCACACGUGUGAACCUUAACGAAGACAUUGCAUUGUCUUGUUUAUCGGAGAUUGGAAAUCCUGCAGUUGUCUUAGAAUGGAUGAAAGAUGGACUAGCGGUGUCUUCGGUCAUAAACGAUGCUGGCGAUAUUCGCGAAAUUAAAAGUCAAUUCACUGUGCAAGCUGACGAUGAGGGCGCUCUGUUUAAUUGUCAGAUGACAUACUCUGGUCCUGAUGGAUUUGUUAAAGACUGUAGUCUGGCUGCCCUGAACGUGUUGUCUGAUCCCGUAAUCGUCAUCGAGUCUCCAGAACCAGUAAUGGUUGGUGAGACUGCCGUAUUUACUUGCACUAUCAGUAGUCGUACUGCCGCUAUAGCAUCAAGUCAGUGGAUUGUGCCGGAGAAGUUUAAUGAUCGUCACAGCACAGCUGGGGAUUUGGUGAAAAUUUUGACAAUCACCGAUGUAGAGGUUGAUGACCAUCUCGCAACAUUAACUUGCACUGCAACUGAUGAAGAUGAUCAAACUGCAAUGGCUUCUGAAGAGCUGCUUAUUGUGGGGAUGACAGUACCUCCAGUAAUUCCCACAGGUAACCCUGUUACGAAACCACAGACUACGGAAGCCCCAGGAGUUUCAGGAGGAUUAAUUGUUGGUUUAAUCGCUGCAGCGGUUAUUAUCAUUUUCUUACUUGCUUUGGUUGCCUGGUGCUACCAAAAGAGAUGUCAUGGAGGUGCCGCUAAGAACAAACAAGCUGGAGUGACGUCAAGUGUUCAAAUCCCAAUGAACAACACCAACCAGUUUUCAGCAUUGCCAGAGAAGACGCCCAAUUACAGCAUCGAAGGGAAAGAUUACCCAGACGACAGAUCAGUGAACAAUCCUGACGUUAUUCCAAGGGAGAAACGAGGUGAUGUCCCCGAGGGUGUGGAUCCACGUAAAUGGUGGAGGGACACAAUGGCACCGACCGAUUCCGACCGAUACGAGGACCAACCUGGUUACCCGACCCCAACUAUUAAACGCAUGAAGAUGCCGUUUGAGGAUCGCAGCAGCAGCCCGUACGAGAAUGUGCAGAUACCGAACGGCGGCUACAACGUGGACCACGGUUACGACCCCGUAGAGGAUAGAAAUCAGCGUUACUACGAUGACCGCGACGUCAGCGAUUCCGGUUACCGUGAGCCUCGUUACGAUGACUACGAUCACGGUGGUUAUGAACAACCCCAAGGAAAAGAUCCUCAUUAUGAGAGUGCAGAUUUCCAAAAUCGUGCCGACGACGACGCUUACGAUUACGACAAUGACGCAUAUGAGCGUAGUUAUAACGGAUUAGACCAAGGUAAACCUGAUGAUCAAUAUAACGAUAACUAUGACGAUCAAUACAACGAUCAAUACAAUGAUCAGUACAAUGAUCAAUACGGAGAGCCGCGUUAUGAUGACCGAUAUGAUGAUCGGUAUGAAAGCUAUGGCCAACCGGAUGGUCAAGAGGGAUAUGAAAUGCCACCGGAGGAAAGAGAUCACCAUGCAGAGUCUUACCCACACUACGAGCCAGAUGAACGCAUCCCUGAUGGGCAUUCAUCCAACGCUGAUCUCCGCAAUGCACCGUAUGAUGACCAGUACCAACGUGGAUAUGACGACCAGCCAAUGGAUCCCUAUGGGUAUGAUCAAGAUGAUAGUAGGAAGUUCGAUUAUGACGAGGAUCUUAGUAACAAUCAAGAAACUCCAAGCUAUGUGUAGUGUAGCUGGUAAUAAACCCUUCCCAUGAAAUAUGCUGAUAACAUUCUCGCAUGCGUACUAGGCCUUAUUGCGUACAGACCUGAUUGGGUCUGACAAGCACUAAGCAGACGCAUAUUCGCUUCUAUUCUAUGUCCUGCAGCCAUUGGCCGCAUACAAAACAGCGGGAUGUUCCCUCAUUUUCCUAACCAAAAUGGUAGUGCGCACACGCUUUGUGGAAUUUACAAAAUAUUUCAUGGUAAGGGUCUAAUAAAACGAACUGUGAUUUACAACAUUGGUACAGUAGGUGAAACAAUUCAAUCAUUCAUUACAAACAAAAUUAUUUCCUGUUUUUCUGAUGGAAAAAGCCAUUUUCAUUUUGAAGUUUCCAUCGGACAAUUUUAAAGUAGGGGACAUUUUGAAGGGGGCCUAAACCAUGGCCUCUUGGUUAUUCCAGGCCUGACAAAUAAAAUGAUUUGAUUUUUAUAUUUUCAUUUUACUUGAUACCAAUGGUGCAAACUACUUUUUGAUAAAAAUUUAUUAGGGAAAAAAGUAUGAGCAGCAGUUGUAUUCAGACAGAGUAAUGGCAAAAUAUUGUUAAAAAGAUAUUAUAUACGGGAUUGGUAAAGCUGUGAAAAUAGUCUCAGACAGUGUUCAUAUUUUGUGUGUUCAACCAUGAAAUAACAAACCUGUGACAAGUCUAAGUGAUUAGUCUACUGUUGGAAUACCGAAACCAGCCGUAUCAUUUUUGAGGUUUUCAGAUACAUUUCUCUCAAAUAUGACUUCAUUUCAGAGUGAAAUAGGCCCACUUCACAGAAAAUGGUUUUAGUACGAAGACAAUCUUUAAGCUUUCAGACUAAAUGUUUUUUAUUACCAAUCCAGUCUAAUACCUUUUUUACUAUCAUUGAGGUUUUAAAAACUUGCAGCCAUAAUUAUCUGUUAUUAGAAUUUUGUCAUACAUCACGUGAGGUAAUACAAUGUACCGUACAUGUAUAAAUACUAACUUAGUCCAUUGAUUGAGGAUUGUUUACAAUGUACAAAUGUAGUUUUGAUAUUUUUCAAUACAAUUUUUCUGGUGUGAUGACUCAUCACACUCUACAAGUAUCAUAUUUGUUUAAUGGGUUGCCCUAGCCUUGGGAAAAAAAUAAUAAAGCACUAUGACUAGUGAUGAUUGAAAUGAGGGUGGUACCCUGCUGGAUAAUAAUGAGUCAUGUCAUUCAACAAGUGCAGGUACAUAACCCUCAUCUGCAUACCAUUGUGUUUAAGCCAGCCCACUACAAAAACCUCUUCAAUAUUUGUGGCAACGCACUGGAGAUAUUGAAAUUGAACCAUUUCUAACUUUUAAGAAUACGUGCUUAAUUAUAGUGUGUGUAAAUUAGUCAUGCUUUCUGAAGUUAGUUGACAGUGUAAGGGUGUGUUAUUCUGUCGCCUGACACUAGUUACACUCGGUGUCAUGUCCCCGCCCCCAUGCAAUGUUGUCAUUCGAUUUAAAAUGUUUCUCUAUUCCAGGUCCAAUCACUCAACAUGAUACUGUAAAGUACAUGUAAUAGAAGGAUUGGUAAUGUAUUUUUUUGGCAAAAUAUUACUUUCAGCUACGUCUACUUGCAAAUGAUGCCUGUCAUCAGCCUACAUGUACAUGAACUUUAGUUCGCACUCCCUCUGUACAAUGAAUAAUAAGCGUGCAUACAACAACUCCAUUCCGAAAUACAUUUUUACACAGCCAUAUUUUAGGUCUGAUUUGAUCAUGACAGCACACCCUCUUCAAGUGACAUUAUAUGUUUUCUAUUUUUUACUCUGAUAGUUCUCCUUGACCUGGAUUAAUGACUUUCCUGGUAUAAAUCAUCCAGGACUUUUGGACAUAUUUUGUGUCAUGCAUGCAUUUUGUAUGUGACUCAUAAUCAUCUACCUAAAAUGUCUAUGUAAUAUCCUAGAAGGGGGGGGGCUACAUGUAGGUAAUAGGGCUGGUCAUGUGUCAAGCGUGGUUUUUGCAAGAUUUUUAAUAAAAUAUAUUCUAAAACAAUUUUAUGAUUCAACUAAAACGAAAACCCGGCACUUGAAGGUUUUAUACACUUAUUGGUAGAGCUUGCUGACACAAUAGUCAGAGAGGGUGUUAGUGUUUUUUAUGUAUAAACCGUGAAGUAGGGGGCCUACAUGUAACAAGCCUUGGAAAACUUGGGUAUAAAAAGUAGAAAGUUUAAAAAAAAGCAAAAAUCAGCUGAUUGCGCUUUUUCUUUUCUUUUUCCAGACAGUUUUCUUGAAUAUGAUUUUUUUCAGAGGAACAAUAUUUCACAGAAAAUUGUUGUGUGAACUUAAUUAUCAGUAAACUGUCAGACCAAGGUGAAAACAAACAUCUUUGUAUUCUUACCAAUCCUGUAUAAUACCUUGAUGAAAACCAAUAAUAUAAACCACCACGCCCUAAUUAACGAAAUGAAAUUCCUCGGUUUGUCAUAAUCUAACUAUUUUACUAGUCAUCUAAUAACAUAUCAUAAGGAAGGAAUAUCAUAAAUUAAUUAUCAUGAGCUGCAUGGUCAAUAUUAAGGGCACAUCUCCUAUUAAUUAAUUAAGAAAUAGGUGUGGUCCUUAAACAUACAUGUACGUGUACAUGCCACACCCAUACCAGUCAUUGUCCACAAAGAUUUUCGUUCUAGUUUUCAUUUUCUAUAUUAAACAAUUUAAUAUGAAAUAAAAAAAUAAAAAAACAUUGUCAGUGCAGCUGCUCAAUGUGGAUUGCCUUAAGUGCGGAUUUUAAUUAAAAAUCCUUGGGACUGGUUGUGAUCUAGAUGGUGACAAGUUCAUUACAAGUCAAUUGGUUGGAUGAUGAUGCAUCAUCAAGAAAUCAAUUAACAAAUCCAUUAUUAUGAACAAGUCUGUUUGUAAAAUGGCCCAAGGCAAGUUUGACAUGCUUUGAUAAUAUGGUUUGAUGUGCAGGUUGUUUACUAUUUUUUUUAAAUUUUUGUUAUUUUUAUAAAAUGAUUUGACCAACUGAAUGACAUUCGAUUUGUAAUAAUAUUUCAUCAGACCAAAUUGAUCAUGGUUGAAUGGUAGAAUUUUAAAGUCAUUCCACCUUUAUUGACAUUUUAACAAAUUUGAUUGGUUUACCAGAAAAACAGUGUAACCUUUCUACUUUGAUGGCAAAAUAUAAAACAUCCUUUGUCAAAGUAGAAUGAACUUUCCCUAGGAGAGUAUAAAAUAUAAACAUAAUAAAUACUAUCUUGUUUUAUAUUGAUUGACAACCCCUCAUGUGUAUAAAUAGUGUAGUACAGUAUCAGAUACAAUGUAGUGCUAGUAGGUGGGAUACCAUCUGUAUUGACAUAACAUACCAGCUAAUCAUCCUAUUGAUAGUAAGCAUUCCAAAUAUUAUUGAAAACAUUCAGCCUUGUUAUGAUUUAUUAUGGAGGUGAAACACAGUAUCUGGCCUGUCAUUUUUCUAAGCAGACUUCCAUGGUCCUGUCAGUACCCACUGUCACGAUUGUGACAGAUUGGUCAGUUGUUGUUGUUGUCUACUUGAAAUGAAAGACUUUUUGUAAUCUUUGCUUUGUAAAGCUCCCUUCUUUCACUGCAUGUCAAUCAUUCCAUAUUCAGUAUAAAUCAAAAAGUUGUUUAAUUUUAAUUUUUGUAUAAAAUGCAGUGUACACAUGUACAUGUAUCUAGAAUUAGAGCCUAAACUAUCUGUGGCCUUCAUUCUUGGCCAGCUUCCAUUUUGCAUUGUUUAAAAGAAAUUUUGGCUAAAUACUGAUUUCAUAGUGGCAAUAUAAUUUUCGUACAAAGUGGUUUGACUGCAGGACUUGCAAUCACAAGACUGUGGGUUCGAAUGCGGCCAAGCUAUCUGUUGAUUUCACAGUGACUAGGAUUGUAUUGUCCUCUAAUUAUUGAACCAUACAUGUAAUUGUGUAAUUCAUAAAACUGUAUCCCCCUUGUGGGAACGUUGCAUAGUUCUGUUGUUCUGUAGAUGGAUUGCAGAACGCGUCAUUUACCACCAUCUUUGAUGUAUUUCUCGUCCACCUUUCACUUGUAAAAAUACAUAAAAAGAUGGUGGUCAAUGACGCGUAUUGCAACCCAUCUUUUGGGAAGAUCAUCCUGACGACGAACAAACAUCUCCUUUAGGCCUACAUUGUCGACUAGUUACUGAAAAUUCAUAAGCAUAGAAGUUAAACAAAUGUUUGUUUGAGCAUAGAGCAAGGAGAUGAGAGAUAUUGGCUGUUGCCAGGUUGGCGUUUAUAUCCCCUUGUGGGAGCUUUGAUGAGUUCUGUUGUUGGGCAGAUAAUUCAAAGAAACAAACAUUACUGUGAGACAAAUUGAAUCAGUUGAGUGUACAAUCUACAUUGUUGUCGCAUUGCUGCAUACAUGUAGUACCGCAAUCAUUGCUAUGUACAUUGCAUAUUCAACACACAAAUUAGCUGUUGAAAUUAAAGCCUGCAAGGAAGGGUCAGAAAGUGUUAAACUUAUGUUGUCACUUAAAAAUUAGGUGAGUACCUUCGGUUAGUUGAAGAACAAACAUUGUGAGUGAGCCCAAUCACUGUUCACUUCUUUAUUCAUGCUGUACAUUUUAAAUUUAGGUUAAUGUGUGAAAUGCUUGUUUGGUUUGGACUCUAGAACUUUGGACCAAAUACUUGUAGUUUUGUCAGUUGUGUGCGCAGCCAAACCCCUAUGGGAUAAGAGUGUAUAAUGUACACUGUAUCAUGUACUUGGUUUUGGACUUUGGUUUGUGAUUGAGUGGAUAUUGUAAGUAGGUUGCCAUGCUGUACAUUGUAAUUGACAUUUUAUGAUAAGGUGUGGUCUUGUUAAUAAUAAUUAUUACCUUCAUAUUUGCGAACUAAUCCCACCAAAGGUGUGUGUUGUGUUGGGAAUUUGUGAAAAGGAAAAUGGGUGUACAUCACUUAAAAGUCUUACACUAUUUAAAGAUGCGCUCGAAGGAAGAAAACAAGACAGUAAAGGAUGAGAAAGUAUCUCAUUUAAUACUGUAUCAACAACAAUUUUGAGUUUGUUGUUGACACAAGGCGGGUGUUUUCCUUUUAAUUCACUGACGACAGGUGGAAAUUACACAGAGUUAUAGUUGCCUUAAAUUUUAAUUUUAUUUCAUGUUCCAUGAACAUAUCUUAGUGAAUGGAAACUUUGCAUUUAAAAUAGAGCAAAGUCUGCUUUAAUCAGCUGUGUAAAUUUUGUAAAUCAUGCUGUAAUGUUGUAUAAAAUAUAUCGUUCAAACGGUAAAUGGGUCCAUUUAAAUUUAAUGUAAAAAUAACUGCAUAACUGUCAAGUUUAUUGUUUAACUUGUGUGUACUGUACACUGCAAUGGGAGACUUUUCAGAGGCUGGGGACAGCAGACAUAACGGUCCUUUUUUGUGAGUCUGAGCGCACGCGCACAUGCUCAGUGUUGCGCGCGUAGGUCUGAGCAAGUGCACUUAGUGGUGAGAACUGUGAAAAAGGACCCUCUAAAAGUCUCUCAUUGAUGACGGUAUAGGAAUUAGGUAGCUGCUAUUUUUGUGAAUUUGAUUUUUACAAUCUGCAUACCAUCCUGUGCAUCAUCAAAACCACAUUAUUUCAUUUGUCUAAAUGAAGGUUAUACAUACACAUGCCUGCUCAAAAGUACACAAUGAAUUGCUUCAGAAAUAUUCCUGUGUUGUGUGGUUGGCUGUUACAUCAACAUGGUUCAGGGAUGGUUCAGGUUACGCUUGUUGAACAAUAUGCCUUGUGCACAUUUUGGACUUCAUCAGUAUACUAUCAUGCAGUGUUCUCCCUUAAAGGGACACGUUGCCUUGGAUCAGGCAAGUUACUCUAUGAUCUAUGUUAAGCGGUUGAAACCUUUUGUUAUUAAAAGCAUAUAUUGUUAGAAAGUUGGUUUAAAAGUAUGCACCGAUCCAGCCAAAGAUGCCUUUACACUAAAUUGCGUGGUUUUCGUUUUACUUUGCGAACUAACAUGGUACGCCAUUUUUGUGGAUCAAAAGUUUUUCAGUUCACAAUGUAAAAGAAAAAACACAACAUUUUGGGGUAUGUUUGUUUGGAUUAUUAAGUUCUACUUUUAAAACAUCUUUCUAACCAUUUCAUCGCGAGCAGGUUCAAUCGCUUUUCAUAAACCAACUCGCCGGAUCCAAGGCAACGUGUCCCUUUAAACAGUGGUCCACUGGUAUUGUAAAACACCUGAGGUACAGUCAGAGUUCACUCCAAGUGGUCUGGCUGGCUGGCUAGCUCAGUGUUGAAAAACAUCCUUAUUUCAAUUGAAAUAUGGACCCUGAAAAAGCUGGCUGAAUAGUGAAGUUGCAAGCUACAUUGUAACUGGUCCUGCUGCUGGCCAGUAACUGAAGAAGUUCAGGGCAAAUGCUGCUAAAUGUAUUGUACUGCAUUGUAGGUUUCUAGCUGUUCUAAAUAAUUUAGUAAGAUAUGCUGUAAAUAUCCAAAGAGAGACUUUUGCCUAUAACACUUAAACUUGUAAAUAAUACUUUUCUAAUACUAACUGUGCAAGAUAUUUCUUGAAAUGUUUCUAGCAGGAAUUAUCUGUAUGGUUAAAGUCUUGUUUAUUUAGAAAAAGGGCAUUGUUUAUUUUGUCACUUGUUGUAUUUAUUUUGAACUAAUUAACUCCCAGUGGACUAGUGGGUGAACUGAAAUGUAUGCGACUUUUUUUUUUAACCAGACCUUAUCACCUUUGUACAGUUGAACAGUUCUCAAUCAUGUUUCCCUCUGAAGUGUUGAUGUAAAAGCCCAGGCCAUUGUUAUUGUGACUUGACUGGUGUUAAAUUUGUGGACCCUGGAGCCAGACUUGAAAGUCUCACAUAACCAAAAUAUGUUAACAGAGCUGCAAACUCUCCCUGAUUCUGCAAGAAGUUAACUAAAUUAAAAAAUAAACCAUUCCAAUCUGUCUAUGUUCCAAGGAAUACAUUUCAAAAUCACCAUGGAAGCCUUUUCCCUAUUAUGUUGAGUGUUAUUCUAAGUAUCUCCCUGACUGUUGAACCAAAUCUCCCUGGUUGCAAGGUGCAAAUGUUGGCUGCUCUGCAUUGAAUUUGAAAAUACAUGUAAGAUGUAAAUUAUGACAAAAUCAGGAUUGUUUUAAGACCCAAAGCUACAUACAUGUAUUUUUAUUGUACUCUUGAUUUUGAGAAGUUGUCACCACAGUAGCCAUGGGAUCUAGGGGCCAAUUUCACAAAGAGCUAUGAUUGAUCUUAACUGCAAAUCAAACGUAGUUGCUUAGUAAAGUGUGAUGUGACAAUUAUAUCCCAUCACUAUGGCGACACUGACAACUCAUCUCAGUGCUUUGUGAAACCGAGCUCUGAACAAUCAAAGACUUAUUUAAUGAACAAAUUGCAGGGUUUGCCUUGCCCAGCAGGACCAGUUAGCUUGUCAUUUCACUCACCCAUCAGCUUUUCUCCAGUUCAACACCGAACUGAACGCUGGCCAGCCAGUGUUUUACCUGGCAUUUGGCUAGCAGACUGGUGUUAAAAGGGAGAAAGCUGACAUGGAAGUCCAGUAUAUAUAACUUUCAAUUGAAUACAUGUGCAUAUCAUUUUUGUUGUCAGAUUUUCUUUUUUAUCCUGGAAAUUAUGUAAAAUAGUUUGAAAUUUUCGUUAGUCAUUAUUUUUUUUAUUUUUUUUAUGGCAUUUACUGUACUGAUCUUUUAUUUUGUCAACUAAUACAUGUAAACAUAGAAAUUAGACUGGUAUUAAUAAUAACCAUGUGAUUUUAAAAGCGUUUGAAACUAAAAAGGGUAAACUUUUGUAUAAACUAGUCCUGGAUAGAUCGUGUAAAUAUUUAGAAGUUUGAGUGUCAUGUUUGGAUUCCUGAUGAGAAUAAAACCUGUUUACAAUAA